AGCAGUAGAGUCUUCUUCUUCUUCUUCUUCGAUGGCGGACGAAAUAAUGGUGGACGUAAAUGAAGAUUACGGUGCGCAGACUUGGAAAAUGAUAGAGGAAGACGAUAUAUAUCCUUCACAAGCAUUUCCACUAAUUGAUAAGGUAAAGAAAAAAUGCUUAAAAGAUUUACUUCAACAUGGUAAUCUGUUAGGGUUGGAAAGAUUGUGCUUAUGUUAGGAAUUUUAGCUAUUAAAUCUAAGAGGUAUUCUCUAGCAAUUAGGUAUUUGGAAAUGACUGUGAAUCUAUAUUCUUUUAUACUAAACCUAGGCAAAGAUUGGGAUGAUCUUAAUCUUCAAGAAAUCCAAUUCGAUAAAGCACUUGUUAGAGGUACGCUUAUAAUAGCACAUGAUUAUCUAGCAGCUAAUUUUGAAGAUAUGGGUUUGGUGAGGGAAGCUGCUAAUCAUGUUGAGAAGAGUUGUGAGUUGUCUACAGAGACUGCUAAUCUUGCUCUUAGUUCAGUACAAGGGACUUGCUAUUACAAUUUGUCUGUCUGGGCUCUUAAAUGUCUUCAAUUCGAUAGAGCUCUUGAUUUGGGUGAUAAAAGCGUUGAAUUGUUUAUUGGAUUACCACCUGAUAUAAUUGAAAAUAGGGUUCAGUUGGGGAAAGCACAAAGGCUUGUUGCUCUUAUGUACUUGAUUAAAGGUAAUGAGGAAAAAUCUGAGAAAUGGAUGUAUGAUUACGAAGGUACAAUGCAUGAUUUUGGUGCUCAUAUAUGGUUUGAUAUCUUGUAUAUUGAGGUGGAACUUCAGCUUUGGAAAGGAGUGUAUACUGAAUGUGAAGAUAGAUUGGAUUCGGUUUUGUCCCUUGAUUUGAAUGUUUCUCAUAGAAUUAAAACACUUUUGUGGAAGUUAAUAUUGCAUCACCACCAAAAGAAUGAGCAGCAAUUCAAUCAGUGUAGUGAUACUCUUCAAGGUUUGAUCAAAGAAAGUGGUAUUGAGAUAGAAGAAAAAGCUAAGCAUGUUUAUGAGCUCUCAAGACUACUCUAUAUAAACAAGCAUUAUACUGUUGCCCGAGAUUUAGUGGAGGAUGUGUUGAAUGAAUUGUGGGGGUUUGCUCUAGAUUCAGUAUAUGAUUUGAGAGGUCGUUUGAGUUUGUUACAGGGAGAAAUUCUUGUAUCAUUAAAUGCUGAAGGGGCGGAUGCAAUGGAGUCCUUUGAUAGGGCUAGGUUUUUUUUAAACGAAUGUUUUCCAAAGACUCAUUAUGUGAUUGCACAACUGAAUCAGAAUACGGCUCGAGCCCAUCUCGCAUUUGGCAAUACAUUGAUGGCUCGUCAGCUAUUAAAGGAAGCAAGGGAGGUGAUACAUUCUUUCAGUCCACAUUCGUUGACAUUUAUGAAGCUAAAUUUUGAUUUCGUGGAAUUUUAUGUUCGUACGAACAAAUUAAGGUCUGCUGUGGAACUCCUAGAAGAAAUGGUGGAGACAAUGGAAACUGGCAGAGUUACGCCGCAUGAACCUUUCUGCCAUGACUCAAAAUGGCAGUGUGCCGAGUUGGCGAGUGAACCUCAUGACACACUUUUGGAAAAUGCAAAAGCACAUCUACAAGAAUUGAAGAUCGCUCACCCAUACCUAAAAUCGAACCUAUUUUGAUCUCUGUGGUUCACUCAGUUUUAUUGUGUACAGUUUUCCCUAACCCUUCAACUUGUCUGUGAGCUAAUAGCAGUAGAGAACACAGAUUUUUUCAUCUCUUAUAUGUUUAGUUAGUAAUUCAUAUUGCUAUAAAUAUAUGCGAAAAUCAUCGAAAUUGCUUCAUGCA